CCGGGUGUUUUAUUGUGAAGGCUGUGAGCGGAAGCAGCCAGCAGCCGUUAAAUGUCCGUUAGAGCCGUUACAGUGACGGUAAAGUGAUGUUUCAUCUUCACACUUCAACAACUAUGAAGCUGCUUCCUGUCGCCUGUCUCUGUCUCCUGACUCGCUGUGGAAAAACGUCUGCUGAUGAAAACGGACCAGGUGUGGUCAGAGUGGCGGUGGAAGAAGGAGGUGAUGUCGUUUUACCGUGUUCCCGCAGCAACAAGGAGAACGUUGAGAAAACUGUGUUUGACUGGAAGAAAGACGGUCUGGAUGUUUUCUUCUAUGAGGCAGGAAAACAUUACAACAACGGCCAAGAAGGUCAGAGCGAGCAGUUCAAAGGACGAGUUUUUCAUUUUCAGGAUGAACUGAAGUACGGAAACGCCUCCAUAAGAGUCCAGAAAACAAAGAUGGCUGACAGCGGAAACUACACCUGUACUUUCCCAAAGAAACAAACAUCCCACAUCAUGCUGUUCGUAGAUCCUGAUCCAGAGCGCUCUGUCUUAAAAGACAGAUCGGAGGAAAAGAUCCCAGGAGCAGCUCCAGAGCCAUACACCAAGAUACUUCCUCAGACAGAUGAUGGAGUGCUGCUGCAGUGUGAAGUUCGAGGUGUUUCUCCAGAACCUGCAGUCGAGUGGCGGGACGGUUCUGGAAACAAACUUCCUGCUAAAGAACCACAGGUCUCAGAAAGAGAAAGUCGUUUCUACAUCACUCUUCAAGUUACUGUGACCAAAACUGACAACUAUCGCUGCGUCGUCACUCAGGAGGAAAUCAAACAUCAGAUUUCUGCUGAGACCUUUGUGCCUCUCAGUGGUGCAGCUUCAACACCAUCAGUCACAACACUUGAUCAGACAAAUGACUGGUCUCUGUUACAGUGUGAAGUUCAAGGAGCUUCUCCAGAACCUGCAGUCGAGUGGCGGGACGGUUCUGGAAACAAACUUCCUGCUAAAGAACCACAGGUCUCAGAAAGAGGAGGCAGCUACGACAUCAUCCUCCAAACUACUGUGACCAAAACUGACAACUAUCACUGCGUCGUCACUCAGGAGACGAUCCACCAUCAGACUCGUGCUACAACUUAUGUGCAUUUCAGUGGUGCAACUUCAAAACCAUCCGUCACUAUACUUGAUUUUAAGAAAGACCAGGCUUUGUUACAGUGUGAAGUUCAAGGAGCUUCUCCAGAACCUGCAGUCGAGUGGCGGGACGGUUCUGGAGACAAACUUCCUGCUAAAGAACCACAGGUCUCAGAAAGAGGAGGCAGCUACGACAUCAUCCUCCAAACUACUGUGACCAAAACUGACAACUAUCACUGCGUCGCCACUCAGGAGACGAUCCACCAUCAGACUGAGGCCACGAUUCAUAUUUAUAUCGGAGAAUCCAACACUGGAUGGAUUGUUGCUGUUGCAGUUCUCAGCACUCUUUACGUUGGUGUGCUUCUAGCUUUGCUCAGAGAAAAAGGUUACAUCUCACGAAAUUGUCUUCAUGAUAGAGCAAGAUGGAAGUGCAACAAACCGGCCUAAUGGUGAAGGUCCCAGAUUGGAGACAGCAGAAGAGAGGAAGUGUCCUUUAAUGCUGACAGAGCAGAAUAUAUCAUUCUAUUGAAUGAGAAUUAAAUGAGUAGUUUGUUGAUUUCUGAUAUAAAGUGAUUGAACUUCGCUUUUGUGCAGCUUAAAUAGAAAAAUUAACAGAAAUAAUGUUUAUUAUGACAGCUUUUUGUACUUUGUUGAUUGUAUUCCUUUAUUUUUAUAUUCUAGUUAUUUCAUGCAUUUGAUUUCUGCUCUUGCACUGCUCAACAUUUAUAGAUUUAAUUCCAGGCAGCACAGAUUCAAAUCAUAAUCAAACUGUUGCUGAGGACAUUAGACUGAAGAACCUGCAUGAAUAAGGUGCAGCUUCUUAGAAACUUGUAAGAUUUAAUCUCAGAAAAACAACAACAAAAAUUAAUGUAAAAUGAGCUAUAAAGGGACGCACUAGAACAAGCUCCAGGU